GAGACGUUCGUUCUGAGCAGCAGUAUCAGCAGCAGAAAUUUUCGAAUCAGUCAUCUGGGCCUUCAUACAGGAAAGACCAGUAUUUUCCAAAAGGACAAAAUAGAGGAGAGAGGGGCAGAGGGAGAGGAGGAUGGCAGGGAGGAGGCCAGAGUGUUUCUGAGGAAAUGCCAAAAUACAUAACAGCGUCUACCUUUGCUCAAGCUCGUGCUGCUGAGAUCCGUGCCAUGCUGAAAGCAGUUGGACAGAAGUCUUCGAACUCUCUGGUUUUCCAGACGCUCCCUAGGCACAUGCGGAGGCGAGCGAUGAGUCACAAUAUUAAACGCCUACCCAGGCGGCUCCAAGAGAUUGCCAAGAAAGAGGCAGAGAAAGCUGUACAUCAGAAAAAAGAACAGUCAAAGACCAAAUGCCGCAAAGCUAGAAGGCGCCACAUAAAUUUGGUAGCAGAGUUUAAUCGCAGGCAAAGAAAGAAUAUUUGGCUGGAAACUCAUAUUUGGCAUGCAAAGAGAUUUCAUAUGGUGAAGAAAUGGGGAUACUGUUUAGGAGAUAGCCCUACGGAGAAGAGCUACAGGGCUUGUUACCGAGCCAUGACAAAACACUGCCUUCUUCAGGACUUAUCAUAUUAUUGCUGCCUGGAGUUGACUGGUAAAGAGAAUGAGCUUCUGAAGCAACUUGUUCGAAUAUGUAGCGUUGACGCAGGAUUAACAUUUGAAGAGGCCUGUUGUCUGUCUGGAAGAUUCGAGGGUUCCCUGAAUCUUUACCGAGCAGAUCGCUAUCCUGAGGAUAUGCUUGGUCCUGUUACAUUUAUUUGGAAACCCAGGGAUGGAUCUGAAAACAGACAGUUAUGGAUCUGGAUGCAUCCAGCUCUCAAACAGGAGAUAUUGAGAGAGUUGAAAACAAUUUUUCAGUGUUCAGAGCCUGAGGAGGUCUAUAUUCCUGAGCCAGUUACAACGUCAGUUCAAGAGGAAGAACAAAUGGAUGUUGGUCUAAAUCUUGGCAAGAAAAGAAAGAAAGAGGAUAAAGAAGGAGAAAAAGCUGUGCCAGUGAAAAAAAUACUUGGUGAUGGCACUAGAGAUCCAUUCCAGUCCUACUCUUGGAUCUCGCAGACUACUGGCAUUGCGAUCAGUGAUAGAACUAUGGAGAUUCUCAGGUAUCGGCUGAUUGGCCCAUUAUCACACUCCGUCCUUACAGAGACUUUGAAAGCUGCUUCUCUCCAAACAGAGAUGGCGGAUUCAGAGACAGAACUGAAUAACUGGUGGGUAGAAAACUGCAAGGACUCUGAAAAAGUAUCUCUGCAUCAACGUCAAAGUGCAAUCUUUGAGCUAUUAGAAGGGAUAGGUUCGCCAUCGGAAAUGCCACCAGGGACAAUACUGGGCCUCACUGUUGGAGAUCCUCGAGUCAAUUUGCCUAAAAAGAAGACAAAAGCCAUGCCAGACUUUGAAAAAUACCAAGAUAAUGAUAAAGUUAGGCAGCUGUACCUGGAGGGUGUACCUGUAGACUGUGCUCACAGCUUUAUCUGGGACCAGGACAUCUGUAAGAACGUCACUGAAAAUAAAAUCUCAGAGCAGGAUAUAAACCAUAUGAGAUCUCAAUUACUGGUGCCUGGAUCACACCUUGAUUUGGGUCCUUCUGAAUCUAAGAUUCCCAUACUGUUGGUGCAGCAGCCAGGGAAAGUGGCUGGAGAAGAUCGACCAGGAUGGGGGAGUGGCUGGGAUAUCUGUCUCCCAAAGGGCUGGGGCAUGGCGUUCUGGAUUCCUUUUGUGUAUCGAGGUGUACGAGUCGGUGGCUUGCAAGAGGCUUUAAAGCAUUCUGAAUAUCAAAGAACACCUCACACUCCAAAUGAUUUCCCAGACUGCCAGGCGGGAAUGCAGUUUGCCAAAGAACUGGAAACCAGUCUCCUUGAAAAAUUCAAAAGACGUCCACCUGCAAAAAGGGCAAAUUAUGUGAAGCUGGGCACCCUCUCCCCUUUUGUCUGUCCUUGGGGGCAGCUGACGAAGAACUGGGAAGGGAGAAUGAAAGCUUCAGGAGAAUUUGCACAUCCUUCUUCCCCACACUCUGAGCACUGCGCAACCCAAGGGCAUAGCUUUUGUGACCCCAAAGCAGAAGUGGUCCAAGAAGCUUCCCCGAGGCCUGGUGAGGUAGAGGGGACAAUGGAAAUAAGCUCCCAAGGUGUCCUAAAGACAGAUGAUGUUACAGGCGCCCAAGAUGUUGGUGAGAGAGAUGAAACCAUGACAACAAGUGGCUUUGUUGUUCUCAGGAGCGAGAAACUACUAAUGCAGUUAUCAGCAUGGUGCUAUCCCACUGCUGGAAAAGAUCGGCGAGUCCGCCUUAUGUCUCGACUGGGACAGAAGGAAAUGACUGAAGAUGUCUUUUUGCCAAUCUUGAUGAGCUAUCCAAGGGCUCUUGUAUGGGUCAACUUGACUCUCCUGAGAAAGGGGAACCCUGAAUUACAUGCCAUGAUCUGUAUCCCAACAGAAGAUGACUUGCUGCAGCUGCGCAAAGACAAACUCUUCUGUGGUCCUCAGGAACCCAAGCAUCAUGAUGUAUUCAAGCACAAGGUACAGAAACUAAAAGAGGAGAAGAAGAAGAAGAAAAAGGAUAACACACAGGCUCUAGAAAAUGCCCCUCUGAGCGGCCCAGCUGAAGAAUCAACUGAGGAACACGAAGACCUCACUCUUGGUCUUUGGUCAGAUGCUCUCCCAGAUGUUACUUCCCACUGCUCCAGAACUCUCUUGGGAUAUGUCACUCGAGGGGAUUUUUCGUUGGCUGCAGGCUGUGGAGAGGCACUGGGUUUUGUUAGCUUGACAGGGUUACUUUAUAUGUUACACAACCAGCCAGCGGAUAAAAAAGGGCUCGUUUUGUUAAGAACUCCAGCAUCUUUACAGUACAGAUUUGCCAGACUUAAUAUUGAGGUUUAAGUAUCA